UAAAUAAUUUGUAUAUUGUAUUUUCCACAAAUCUUUAUGUGCUACUAUCUAGGCAUGUUAUCCGCAAGUCCAACAUCAAGAUUUUAAAUACUGAAGAGAUUUUUAUAGAAUUCGUUUUACGGUAUUUGCGAAUAUGUCGAAGCCAGAAGAACAAAUGGAUCCUUGUGACACAGCUGAAAAUUCAGUUUCGAAUGAAUCUUCUUCAGAUACAAUUUCAUCAAGAGGAAAAGAAACCGAUUUUGAAAAUAAGAUUGAGAAUGAUAGAGGUAAAAGAUUUGACUAUCUGCUACAACAAACUGAGAUUUUUUCUCAUUUUAUGACAAAUACUGGACCCAAAAAUCCUUCAAGUCCGCUCAAAUAAAAGCUGGAAGACCUCGAAAAACACCACUUGAGAAGAAAGAUGAUAAAAAUAUUGACCAUCGCCACCGUAAAACUGAGCAAGAAGAAGAUGAAGAACUUUUGGCAGAAUCAAAUGCUAAACUGAAGCAAGUAACUCGCUUUGAAAGCUCUCCAUAUUACAUAAAAAAUGGUGAACUUAGAGACUAUCAAAUUCGUGGCUUAAAUUGGAUGAUAUCUUUGUAUGAAAAUGGUAUUAAUGGUAUACUUGCUGAUGAAAUGGGUCUGGGAAAAACUCUUCAAACAAUAUCGUUACUUGGAUAUAUGAAACACUAUAGAAAUAAUUCAGGUCCUCAUAUUGUAAUUGUGCCUAAAUCCACAAUUGCUAAUUGGGCAAAUGAAUUUAAAAAAUGGUGUCCGUCAAUCAGGGCUGUGGUCCUUAUUGGUGAUCAGGAAACAAGAAACACAUUUAUUCGAGAAGUAAUGAUGCCUGGCGAAUGGGAUGUGUGCAUAACUUCUUAUGAAAUGGUUAUAAAAGAAAAAUCAGUUUUUAAAAAAUUCACAUGGCGUUAUAUGGUCAUUGAUGAGGCUCAUAGAAUUAAAAAUGAAAAAUCAAAGUUGUCUGAGAUUCUUAGAGAAUUUAAAACAACUAAUAGACUACUAUUAACUGGAACACCAUUGCAAAAUAAUCUUCAUGAAUUGUGGGCAUUAUUAAAUUUUCUCUUGCCUGAUGUAUUUAACAGUUCAGAUGAUUUUGAUUCCUGGUUUGAUACAAAUCAGUUUUUGGGUGAUAAUCAAUUAAUUGAGAGAUUACAUGCUGUACUUAAACCAUUCUUACUUCGACGUUUGAAAAGCGAGGUAGAAAAGCGAUUAAAGCCCAAAAAAGAACUUAAAGUCUAUAUUGGCCUUUCUAAAAUGCAAAGAGAGUUGUAUACCAAGGUGUUAAUGAAGGAUAUAGAUAUAGUUAAUGGUGCUGGAAAAAUUGAAAAAAUGCGCUUACAAAAUAUUUUGAUGCAAUUGCGAAAAUGUACAAAUCAUCCUUAUUUGUUUGAUGGAGCUGAACCAGGGCCCCCUUAUACAACAGAUGAACACUUGGUUUAUAAUUGUGGUAAAAUGAGUUUGCUUGACAAACUCUUACCUCGGCUUCAAGAACAAGAUUCAAGAGUAUUAAUAUUCAGUCAAAUGACAAGAAUGUUAGACAUAUUAGAAGAUUACUGUCAUUGGCGACAGUAUAAGUAUUGUCGGUUAGAUGGUCAAACGCCGCAUGAGGAUCGUAAUCGUCAAAUUGAGGAGUACAAUGCACCAAAUAGUGAGAAAUUUAUUUUUAUGUUAAGUACUAGAGCUGGUGGCCUUGGUAUUAAUCUGGCUACAGCAGAUGUUGUCAUAAUUUAUGACUCCGAUUGGAAUCCACAAAUGGAUUUACAGGCUAUGGAUCGUGCUCAUCGUAUUGGCCAAAAAAAACAAGUAAGGGUGUUCCGAUUUAUCACAGAAAAUACUGUUGAAGAAAAAAUAGUUGAAAGAGCAGAAAUAAAACUGCGUCUAGAUAAAAUGGUCAUCCAACAGGGUAGAUUGAUGGAUAAUAAAGCUGCUCAAUUAAAUAAGGAUGAAAUGUUGAACAUGAUCAGACAUGGUGCAAAUCAUGUGUUUGCUUCAAAAGAUUCUGAAAUUACUGAUGAGGAUAUAGAUACAAUCCUAACAAGAGGAGAAAAUAAGACUGAAGAACAAAGGGCCAAAUUAGAAUCUCUUGGUGAAAGUUCUCUUCGUAACUUUACUAUGGACAAUGCACCAAGUGUUUACCAGUUUGAGGGAGAAGAUUACAGAGAAAAACAUAAGGUGUCAGUAGUUGGAUCAUCUUGGAUUGAACCACCAAAAAGAGAAAGGAAAGCAAAUUACGCUGUCGAUGCAUACUUCAGAGAAGCUCUUAGAGUUUCUGAGCCUAAGGCUCCUAAGGCGCCCAGACCUCCCAAGCAACCUAUAGUUCAAGAUUUUCAAUUUUUUCCUCCAAGAUUGUUUGAACUACUUGAUCAGGAAAUUUAUUACUUCAGGAAAACACUGGGAUAUAAGGUUCCCAAAAAUCCGGAACUUGGUUCCGAGGCAUCGAAAGUGCAGAAGGAAGAGCAAAGAAAGAUUGAUGAUGCUGAACCCUUGUCAGAAGAAGAAAUUCAAGAAAAAGAAUCACUACUAUCUCAAGGUUUUACAAAUUGGACAAAACGUGACUUCAACCAGUUUAUUAAAGCCAAUGAAAAAUAUGGACGAGAUGAUAUUGACAAUAUAGCUAGGGAUGUGGAAGGCAAAACACCAGAGGAGGUAAUAGAAUAUAGCACAGUAUUUUGGGAGCGUUGCCAUGAAUUACAAGAUGUUGAAAGAAUAAUGGCGCAAAUUGAGCGAGGUGAAGCCAAGAUUCAGAGACGGUCUUCAAUAAAAAAGGCAUUGGAUAGUAAAAUGUCUAGAUAUAGAGCUCCUUUUCAUCAACUUAGAAUUUCAUAUGGUACAAAUAAGGGCAAGAAUUAUACAGAAGAAGAAGAUAGAUUCUUAGUUUGUAUGCUUCAUAAGCUUGGAUUUGAUAAAGAAUAUGUUUAUGAAGAACUGAGAGUAGCUGUUAGAUGUGCUCCUCAAUUCAGAUUUGAUUGGUUUUUGAAGUCACGUACAGCCCUAGAAUUACAGAGAAGAUGUAAUACACUUAUAACUUUAAUUGAAAGGGAAAAUCAAGAACUUGAAGAAAGAGAACGUCAGGAGAAAAAGAAAAAGAUGCCAAAAGGCUCGACCUCAACUCCAUCUAUUAGUACAAAAUCAGCACAGAAACGCAAGACAGAAAACUCAUUGACACCAGAAACAAAAUCAAAGAAAAAGAAAAAGUAAAUAUAAAAAUUGAUAAUAUUAAAUAUGAAUAAAAUAAAUACAAAUUUAAGAUUUGCAUAACACAAUUAAUUUAUAAUUUCAUAAUUAUGGCUAGUAAUGUGUCUAACUUAUUGGUAUUUUAGUCUUAAGGAUUAUC